CUGAGAGAGACGCCGCUUGUGCUUCAGCCGAGCGAAAAAGCCUCGCGGAAUUCGUAACCAGAGAAAACUUCAGUUAAGUAGGCAGUGAGGUAAAGGGAAGAGUACAUCCCCAGGGUGACAUCUAAGAAGGACCAAUCAUCGUUCUCCUCAUUAGUGGUUCAUGUACAAGUGAGGAUGAUGAUGUCGUCGAUGGGGAGGACUCAGAGCCCAGCCAGUGACAGGAGAGACCACAUCAACUCAGACGCACAUUUGGAUGCAGACUGUGUGGAGAUGGAGGAAACAGACUUCAACUGGGAGGAGUACCUGGAGGAGACAGGAGCAACUGCUGCUCCUCACACUUCAUUCAAACAUGUGGAACUCAGCCUUCAGAGCAGCUUUCAGCCUGGAAUGAAGCUUGAGGUAGCCAAUAAGAACAGUCCAGACACAUACUGGGUUGCAACCAUCAUAACUACAUGCGGCCAGCUGUUGUUGCUAAGGUUCUGCGGCUACGGCGAUGACCGAAAGGCAGACUUUUGGUGUGAUGUCAUGACAGCAGAGCUACAUCCUGUGGGUUGGUGUACCCAGAACAAUAAAACACUCCAGCCACCUGAGGAUAACGUUUACCUCAGAGCAGCCAUUAAGGAGAAGUACAGUGACUGGACUGAAUUUCUCAUCCAGGAGCUGACAGGGUCACGCACCGCACCAGCAAACCUGCUGGAGGGGCCUCUGCGUGGUAAGAACACUGUGGAUCUGAUUGUGCCAGGCUGUGUGAUGGAGAUCCGGGAUUUGUGUGAUCCACAUAUCUACUGGGCGGUGCGAGUUGAGAAGAACGUCGGAGGACGUCUGUGUCUGAGUUACGUGGGGCUGGAUGACCCCGCCCACUACAUUUGGAUCUUUUACCUUGAUGACAGGCUCCGUCCCCUAGGCUGGGCCAAUGAGAACCACCUGGUUAUGGAACCGCCCACAGAGCUGCGGAAUAUGAAGAGUGUCUCUGAAUGGAGAGAGUCAUUAGAGAAGUCUAACAAAGAGGCUCUUCUCAAUCCUCUCCCACUGGAGGUCUUUAAGGAUCAUGCAGACUUGCACAAACAUUCUUUUAAGACUGGGAUGAAGCUUGAGAUGGUUUCUCCAAAGGAACCUUUUCACAUCUGCCCAGUGUCUGUCACUAAGAUCUACAGUGAUUACUACUUCCAGAUUACAGUUGAUGAUCUCUCUGCUGAAGCCAAGCCCUGUUCCGUGGUCUGCCAUGCUGAUUCGCUAGGCAUCCUGCCAGUCCACUGGUGUUUGAAGAAUGGGGUUGGACUAGAGAGACCCAAAGGUUUUCUUUCUCAGGACUUUGACUGGGCUGACUACCUGAAACAGAGUGGAACUGAAGCUGCCCCAGACACUUGUUUCCCCAAAGCAUCUCUGAGUCAGGGAUUCUGUAAGGACAUGUGGUUAGAAGCUGUGAACCCCAUGCAGCCUGCAGAACUCUGCGUUGCACGUAUUACUCAGGUCAAAGGUCGUCUGCUCUGGCUCAAACUAGAAGGUUUGACCAAGCCUCUUUCAGAAUGUAUUGUGGAUGUUGAGAGUAUGGAUGUCUUCCCUGUGGGUUGGUGCGAAGCAAACGGCUACCCACUAACACCACUGCUUAAACCUGUCUGUCAGUCACAGAAGAAAAUUGCAGUGGUUCAGCCAGAGAAACAGUUGCUUCCUCCACCCCCUGUUGAGACUAGCCCUCUCAACCUGACUCAGCCUGUUGCCAUGGAUACAGCUUCAGUAAAUGGGAAGUACAGCUGCUCUCAGAUCUUUGUGAAUCACCGCUGUUUCUCUGGGCCGUAUCUGAACAAGGGACGCAUCGCUGAGCUGCCGCAGACUGUCGGGCCGGGGAAAUGCACACUUGUUCUCAAAGAGGUUCUAACGAUGUUGAUAAAUUCAGCCUAUAAACCAGGCCGUGUGCUCAGAGAGCUACAGAUGGUGGAAGACUCACAAUGGAACUGUCAGGAGGAAACACUCAAAGCCAAGUAUAAAGGGAAAACCUACAGAUCAAGUGUGCGUAUUGUGCGCACAGCUGAUCAGGUGACAGAGUUUUGUCGAAGAGUGUGUGUGACUCUGCAGUGCUGUCCCAAUCUGUUUGGCCCCACGCAAGUGUCUGACAAAUGCCCCGAGAACUGCUCCAUCCAGACCAAAACCAAAUACACAUAUUAUUAUGGUAAGAAAAGGAAAGUGGGUAGGCCCAGUUUGGGGGAGAACUCUCAGGAAAGAGAGAUGGCCAAACCAACACGGCGCCGGAAGAAACGCAAAGCCAUCUUUGUGCAGAAGAAACGGCGUUCGUCUGUGGUGGAAUACCAAACAAAAGAGUCACCUCAGGACAGUGAUUAUUACGAUGAAGAAGAUGAUGAUGGUGUUGAGGUGUCAGGUAGUGAGGAAGGUUCGAGCUCGGAACCACGUGCGGAGGUAGAGGUCUCGGGUCGAGGAAGACCUCGCCGCCAGUCAACCCAGUCUGUCCCUGUCGCACACCGGCCCUCUCACCAGAGAACCACACACUCCCUCUCCUACAGCCAGAACCAACCUGCCAAAAACACACACCCAAAGACAGAGUAUACCGAGGAGGAGGACAGGCUGAUUUUGGACAGUAAUCCUUUGGAGUGGAGUGUAUCUGAUGUGGUCCAAUUCAUCCAGUCUACUGACUGUGCGUCUCUAGCAAAGAUAUUCCAGGAGCAGGACAUUGAUGGACAGGCUCUGCUGUUAUUGACUCUACCAACAGUUCAGGAGUGUAUGGAUCUGAAGUUGGGGCCAGCCAUUAAACUCUGUCACCAGAUUGAGAGAGUCAAAGUGGCCUUUUAUUCCCAAUAUGCUAACUGAGAGACUCACUCACCUCCCACUCUAACAGGGUGUUCAGCGAGCAGAUCCAGUCAUCCCUCAGGGCUAAAAAUGAACAACCUUUGCCUUUAUGGAGAAAAACACCACACUCGAUUGUAGAAUGAAGGAGCCAUAAGUUGAAUCUGGUCACCUCUAGAUUCAGAGCUGGAACUAUACGUUUUCACCUCUUCUCAGAGGCCAAGUGAGACAAACAUGUAAAGAAGAACUGUCAGAAGAUGGCCUGAAUUGUCACCCUACACAGGAAGAGGAAGAGUAACAAAAGAGAAAAAAGAUUUUGGUUCUUCUAAAUGCCAUACAGCCGUCCUGUUAGCUCUCUGGGAGUUUAAUAAAAGUCUGUUUUUUCAACAUGGAUCCUUUCCAGAUCCAGACAGAGUAUGAGGCUGAAGAUGGUCCAAGUUUAACACCAGAUUGAAUUUCCGUUUUCCAGAUUAAAUGAGAUUCUAAAUUUAAGGCCUUUGAAGCCAUUUUCUCUCAGUGGAAAAGAAGCUACUGUGUGUAUCAU